AUUCCAACAUUAAUCUUUUCUCUUUUUCUUGAUUCUAGAUUCUUACUGAUUCGUUUAAAAGAAUUUUGUGGAGAAUUUCUCAAGAAAAAACUUCAUCUCUCAAAUUGUGUGGCCAUUCAUAGUUUAGCCCACAUGUACACCCUAAGUCAGCUUGCUAUGAAAGCUGCAGAAAUGAUCCGGAGAAAUUUCUAUAAAGUCAUUCAGGAUGAAGAAUUUUAUACUUUACCUUUCCAUCUCAUUCGAGACUGGCUUUCGGAUUUGGAAAUUACCGUGGAUUCUGAAGAAGUUCUUUUUGAAACGGUUUUGAAGUGGGUUCAGAGAAAUGCUGAAGACAGAGAGAGAUACUUUGAAGAACUUUUUAAAUUGCUCAGGUUGUCCCAGAUGAAACCCACCUACCUUACACGGCAUGUCAAACCAGAACGUUUGGUGGCCAAUAAUGAAGUUUGUGUCAAGCUGGUGGCUGAUGCAGUGGAGAGGCAUGCACUCAGAGCAGAGAACAUACAGUCUGGCACAUUACAGCAUCCCGCAUCCCAUGUCUCACUCUUACCUCGCUACGGACAAAACAUGGAUGUGAUCAUGGUUAUUGGAGGUGUGUCAGAAGGAGGAGACUAUUUAAGUGAGUGCGUGGGAUAUUUUGUUGACGAGGACAGAUGGGUCAAUCUGCCCCACAUUCAUAAUCACCUUGAUGGACAUGCUGUUGCAGUAACAGAAUCUUAUGUGUAUGUUGCUGGCUCGAUGGAACCAGGCUUUGCUAAGACUGUGGAAAGGUACAACCCAAACUUGAAUACAUGGGAACAUGUUUGUAGUCUGAUGACGAGAAAGCAUUCUUUUGGGCUAACAGAAGUCAAAGGGAAGCUGUAUAGCAUUGGAGGACAUGGCAAUUUUAGCCCCGGCUUUAAAGAUGUGACUGUUUACAAUCCCGAGCUUGAUAAAUGGCACAACUUAGAAUCGGCACCAAAGAUUCUUCGCGAUGUCAAAGCACUAGCUAUUGAAGACCGGUUUGUGUACAUUGCUGCCCGCACUCCUGUGGACCGGGACACCGAGGAUGGAUUGAAGGCUGUAAUUACUUGUUAUGAUACAGAGACUCGACAGUGGAAAGAUGUAGAAUCUUUACCACUUAUUGACAAUUACUGUUUUUUCCAGAUGUCUGUGGUCAAUUCAAACUUUUAUCAGACAGCAUCUUGCUGUCCCAAGAGUUAUUCUUUAGAAAACGAAGAGGCAGUAAGAAAAAUUGCCGGUCAGGUGUCUGAUGAAAUCCUUGAAAGCUUGCCUCCAGAAGUCCUGAGCAUUGAAGGAGCAGCCAUUUGCUAUUAUAAAGAUGAUGUCUUCAUUAUUGGAGGCUGGAAAAACAGCGAUGAUAUUGACAAACAGUAUCGGAAAGAGGCCUACCGAUACUGUGCUGAGAGAAAGAGGUGGAUGCUCCUUCCUCCCAUGCCUCAGCCCCGUUGUAGAGCCACCGCUUGUCACGUUAGGAUCCCCUACCGAUAUCUGCAUGGCACACAGAGAUACCCUAUGCCUCAAAAUUUAAUGUGGCAGAAGGACCGCAUCAGACAGAUGCAAGAGAUACACCGGCACGCCCUGAACAUGCGGAGAGUGCCAAGUUCCCAAAUUGAAUGCUAAACAUGCCGACGUGCACAGCUGGAAACUGUUCUCCCCAUCCCAUGGGACUGGAGAUGCCUGGACUGUUACUUGGAAAAGUAUGUCAAUAACUUAUUUUCUACUUGGACUUACUACCCUAUAACGGAAGAUAGUUAAAAAAACAAACAGGAAACUCAGUUUAGUGUGGUAAUUUUGUUAACUUACAGUCCUGUCUUUAGUUUGUAUGCUGGCAAAUAAGAUCUUAUUAAAGAGAAUGGGGGAAAGCGAGUCUAGGUAUUUGACCUUUUUUCUCCUUUGUUUUAGGGACAUAUAUUUGGGGCUUUAAGCACCAGCAUUAUUUGCACAUUUACUUUGAUAUUCCUUUACAUUUUGUGUAGAUUGUUUGUUUUCAGUGAUAUCAAUUUAUGCAUUAAGUUCUCAUCUGCAGGAGGCAUGUGCAAUAGUGAGACUGGAUCUGAAGGUAAAAGCACAAUGUUUCAGCAAGAUUGAUCUCAGAAAAAAAAAAAAAAGAUUGAUCUCAGAAUGUUGGCGCUCACGUCUGUUUUAUGUGUUUAUAAAUGCUGUUUUUGUUCCGUGGAAAGAGUGACCAAUGAGAAGUUUGUGAUUGGCACAUCAUCUGGCUUUUGUUUCUGCCGCAGCUGUUUAUAGAAGCCAUCAUUCUGAGAUGAGAAUUGGGGAGGUAUUAGUAUUUAGCUGAUUUGACUAAAGAGGAAGUUACAUAGGUGAAGUUUGUUUCUCUAAGAAAAGUGUUCAUUGUUGCUGAGAAAGCAAGUGAACAACAUUUUGAAACACUUUGAAGGGUUGUGACUGAGCUGAGGAGGAUGCAGCAUGCCCGUGACAAUCACACGUGAUGCCUUCAGUUCAUUUUUUGCUCCAUUGAAUAUUAUAUAGGCUCUUCAUCAGUUCUUUCCACAAGAAAAACUUUCAAAAUGGCAAGGAAAGUUUAGAAAAUACUCCUCUAAUAGAAGCCAUGUUAUUUCUGGCCCAUAAUUGCCAUAAUAUUGUACUGGAUUACCCUAGACUUUUAUUGGAAUUUAGAGCCUAGAAUACCAAACCUGAGUACAUAGUUUUGGCUUUUAAAAAUUUAAGGUUUUCACAUAACACAUUUAAUAGAAAAAUGUCAAAAGGUUAAAUAAUCAGUUCAAUGACUGUCAUCUUUCAGAAAAGGUUUUUAAUCUAUACAUAUUUUUAUUACUCUCCCUAAAGUAGUCUUAGUUUUUUGAGACAGGGUCUCUCUAUUUAGCCGUGGCUGGCCUGGAGCUCACUAGGGUAGACUAGGCUUUGACCGUACAUAGAUCCUGAGGGGAAAGCUUCCAAUGAUAAGCUACAAUGAUACUGUACAUUCACAUUCCUGUAACUGUUCGCAUUUAUUAACAUUUUCUUGAGCUGUUAUUUUAGAGCUCUCAUAUUCAAGAUCUAUAAUUCUCAGUUGCUUUAGGUAUAUCCUUGAGUCCCAUUCUCUUAGUGUCUGCAAAUUCUUUGUUUGCUGAUUUUAUCACCUAUUUCUGUGUAUGGUAUUGAGGGUUAGCUCUUUUCUUUAGUGUCUAUUGAGCCUUGUAUUGGUAUCAUUGCUUUUGUACUAUUUUUGAUAAUAAAUCCCUGCUCGGUACUUAAAUUUUUUUUUGUUCAUCUGUAGACAGAGUAUAUAGUUUCCCAUUUUUCUUUAAGGAUCUGGAUCUAAUUUGUACUUAAUUUCUGAACUCCCUUGUGCAGGACUUUAGUCUUGGAGUGCUCAGCCUUAGGCUUUUGUGAGUAAUCCUGUUCUUGGUGGAACAUUGUACAACUUCUCUUUGUGAAUCCUACCAUCAAAGAAACAUUAUUUCUCUUUUGGAUUUUUGUUUUAAUGCAAAUCUCAAAUUGCAGAGAUUUUCCCAGAUCUUGCUGAUUUUAUUUUACCUUUGAUUUUUUUGUUGUUGUUGUUUUAUUUUUUUGUUUGUUUGUUUUUUGUUUUUUUGAUAGUCUUCUAUGUAGUGUUGGCUGACCUGGAAGUCUCUAUGUAGACCAGGCUGGCCUGAACUCAUGGAGAUCUACCUUCCUCUGCCUGGGGUUAAAGGCCAUGUCCCACCCACUGUGCUGGGCUUGCCGGCUCUGUAGCACACUAAUUUUAUUUUCCACUUCUUCAGUUUCUUUUGUAAGUUCAUGGUGUUAAGUCAUUAGGGUCUUUCAUGGCAUUUCCUUCUUUUCUGACCUAAUAUUGUCUGUACAUUUUGUUUUCCUUUGAAGCCUUUCACCUGGUCUGUUUCAUCUAAACUGCGAGCCCCCUUGACUUGCAGCACAGCACCAGUGAUGGAUCUGGACUUCCCAAACCUCUGUACUCUGUACUCAGAGAUUCUCUGAAAGAGCUGUUUUGUCUAUAAGCUGCUGGAUAUUGGUUCCCCAUCCUUGUAGAUUUGCUGUCUUAAGCAUGGUCAGCAGCAUCAGUGCCACUGUGCUUCAGCGCCUCUGGCACUUGUGAUUGUGUUUGUCAUUCCUUCCAACCUAAUUCCUUUCACUCCCAUCACUUCUUUCUAAACACUGUUAUGCUGGAUUGGCUUUGAGACUA